AUGGAGCAAAUACUCUUGCUGCUUUUUUACCUGGCUUUGCCUACCAUAUUGCUCACGGUCGUGAGACAUGCCCUGUCUCUUCUACGGAAGAAGCCAAACUCGGUGGCACAGUUCCCCGGUCCAAAGCAGUACCCUAUCGUCGGCCGCAUACAUGACCUUCCUCGCUUCUCGCUCUGGCUCAAGUUCAAGGAGUGGGCCGACACCCACGGCCCGAUAUACCAGACCAGGGCUGUGGACAACAUCUUUGUCAUCAUAUCCGACGAGAAGAUCGCCGAGGAGCUGCUGGUCAAGCGCGGCCAUAUAUACUCUGGCCGACCGCAGAUCCGUGCUCUGAUCGCACACAAGGAGGGCCCCAUGUACGUGGCUCUCAUGGACCGUCAUGACACGUGGAGCCAGCAGCGAAAGUGGGUGCACGCCGCCAUGGCCGAGGCCUACAAGCACCGGUUCUACGGGCACGUCGAGACCGAAACGAAACGCUACCUGGCCAUGCUCCUGCUCGACCCUGGGCGCUUCCUCUGCCACACGCGGGAGCAUUGCGGGCGGGUCAUGAGCCGGCUGGCGUGGGACGAGGCGCAGCAGGGCGGCGAGAACGGGCGCAGCGCCGACGAGACGCUGCACUGCAUGUCGGUGUCGGGCCCCAUCGUCAACACAGUGUCGCCGCUGUGGCGGCUGCCGUGGGCGCUGAACCCGUGGUGGCGCAACGAGGUGCGGCGCGAGUCGGCCCAGCGCGCCUGGUGGGCGGGCAACUACCACGUCGCGCGCCGGCGGUUCCUCGAGGGGGAUCUGCCGCGCGACACCUGGGCGCACCGGUACUUUGAGCAGCUGGCGCGGGGCGGGAAUGAGGCCUUGGAGCAGAGCCCCGAGCAGGUGGAUUUCGCGAGCUGCAUGCUGGGCUUCUUCAGCCUCGUCGGCGCGGUCACCAUCUCCGGCCCGCUCAAGUUCUUCCUGAUGGCCAUGGCGCUGCAUCCCGAGUGGCAGCGCAGGGCGAGGGAGGAGGUCGACCAGGUGUGCGGUCAUCGCAUGCCCACCGUGGAUGACUUUGCGGCGCUGCCGACGGUCAGGGCCGUUUUGAAGGAGACGGUUCGUUGGCGAUCGAGCGUGCCGCUUGGUGUGCCGCAUCAAGCCGAACAAGACGAUGUUUUCCGAGGAGUGUCAAUUAAAAAGGGAACCAUUGUCCUGGCGUGCGAAUGGAACCUCAACCGCGUGCCGGAAAAGUACCCCGACGGCGACAGCUUCAGACCGGAGCGGUGGCUAGAGCCCGGGUGGCCGACGUUCCAAGAGCCGCUGAGCAAGUAUCCCAACUUCCGCAACGGGCACGGCAUGCACACGUUCGGUUGGGGCCGGCGGACGUGCCUGGGCCAGAGCAUCGUCGACGACGAGAUGUUUGUGUUCGCCGCCGCCGUGCUGUGGGGGUUCGACCUGUCGCAGAAGCUGGACCGGCGCACAGGCGAGCCCGUGCCCAUCGACACGCAGGCCACCAACAGUCACGUCAUCCUGGAGCCGUUGCCGUUUGAGAUGACUUUUCGGCCGAGGAGCGAGGCUAGGGCCGCAGGGAUUUUGAAGGGGUAUGCGGAGGUCAGCUCCGGGUUGCGGGUUGUUGACUGA